GCCUCCGAUCGGCUGUAGCCUACGAUACACCCUCCUUAUCGUCAUAACUUCCAGUCAAUCCAUGGUCACCUCCAUUCCAGCAUUUUCUCCAUUGGACGAGUGUAUAGUCGAUUGACGCUAAUGUCACAUUUCUUCUUCCCUUCACAGCUACGAGUAAUGAUCCUUGGGGGCCAACUGGCACCGAGAUGGCCGAAAUCGCCGCCUUGACCUUCAGCAGGUAGGCUACCCCGCGUCCUCCGUGGCCUGCAUGGUCCCGCGACUCAAACUGACCCCCCUCGUGCAAACAUUUAGCCCCACCGAUUUCUAUGAGAUCAUGGACAUGUUGGAUAAGCGCUUAAACGACAAAGGCAAAAAUUGGCGCCACGUCCUCAAGUCAUUGAAAGUCUUGGAUUACUGCCUGCACGAAGGCUCCGAAUUGGUAGUAACGUGGGCCCGUAAGAAUGUCUACAUCAUCAAGACUUUGCGCGAGUUUCAGUACGUUGAUGAGGACGGACGUGAUGUCGGACAAAACGUCCGUGUGGCCGCCAAGGAACUCACCUCGCUCGUUCUGGACGAAGACCGAUUGCGCAGCGAGCGCUCCGAUCGCAAGCUCUGGAAGUCCCGGGUGAGCGGUCUGGAUGACCAUCAAGGGGGCUACGCUCCAGAGCCCCGUCGCGAGCGCCGCGAGCGUCGCCGCACCACAAAUGACGACGACGAUGCCGAAUACCGCUUGGCAAUUGAGGCGAGCAAGUAUGAAGCCGAGGAGGAGCGCAAGCGCCGGGCUAGGGAUACAGCCGCGGUUGACGACGACGAGGAUCUGGCGAAGGCAAUCAAAUUGAGCAAGGAAGAAGAGGAGUUGCGCAAGCGGGAGCUGGAGGAGAGCAAUGCCCAUUCCCUGUUCGAUGAUGCCCCUACGCAAGUCGCCCAGCCGCAACCUACCGGAUACAACCAGGGUUACCAGCAGCAGAGCGCGGUCGACUGGUUCGGCAACCCGAUCAACCCGCAACAGCCGCUGACAACUGGUUAUUUGAACAACCAAUAUGCCCAGCCUACUGGUUUCCAGAGUCAGAUGACCGGUAUGCCCAAUGGGUAUGGCAACGGAUUCCAGGCGCAGCCGACCUCGUUUGACCAGAACCCCUACAGCCAGGCGCAGAACAACUAUCUGCAGCCGCAGGCCACUGUACAGCCACAACACACAGCAUUCAACGUCAACAACCCCUGGGGAGGCGACGCAUUUUCCCAGCAGCAACAGCAGCAACAGCCGCAACAGCCGCAACAGCAGCAGUUCCAACAACCUCAGGAUAACUUUUUGUCGGCGGGUACGAACAACCCAUGGGCUAGCCCACAGCCAGCGGAUGCUCUGAAACCGAUGCCUACGGGAUCGAACAAUCCAUUUGCACCACGUACUCAGCAGUUCCAGAGCCGACCCGCUACUACUGGACCUCCAUCACUGAAUACUUUGGCGGAAGAGAGGGUCACGAACCAAUUCACAUCGCCCAAUCCGAUCGCGAACUACCAGACACAGCCACAGUCACUUGCUCCGCCCCAGCAGUCUUUCACGCCGCAGAAGACCGCACCCACUCAGAUGCUGGAUCCGCAUCGCGCACAGUUGAACGCACUCUUGGCUUCUGGAGAGGGACAAGACACUUUCGGAAAUGUGGGAGAUUUGCGUAUACCCGCCCAGCAUACGGCCCCGGGUACAUUUGUCAACUCGGCCGGACAGGGACUGGACAGGCUCCGGGCCACGCGGACGGGCAACAAUCCUUUCUUCGCCCAGCCGCAGCAGCAGUUCGUUCCACAGCAGACGGGGUUUGCGCAGCCGGUCAACAACCCUUGGGGAGGACAGCAGACGUAUCAUCAGCAGCCUCAGCAGGGUGGCAGUUUGAUCGAUCUGUAGGACCGCAGGGUGAAUUGGUGUAUUGACGGGGAGUGGGGGGGCUGGAAUUAAUCCUGAU